GCGAGCCGGCCCCCUACGCACGGGCCGCAGGAAACAAUAGAGGCCGCGCGCGCGGAGUGGAGCGCUCGUAGCCUCCCCGCCCCUCCUGCAACGCACGACCCCGGGAUCCCCCAACCCCUCCCGGCUCUCCUGCCGCCAUGGCUGACAAGGAAGCGGCCUUUGACGACGCAGUGGAAGAACGGGUGAUCAACGAGGAGUACAAAAUAUGGAAGAAGAACACCCCUUUUCUUUAUGAUUUGGUGAUGACCCAUGCCCUGGAGUGGCCCAGCUUAACUGCCCAGUGGCUUCCAGAUGUGACCAGGCCUGAAGGGAAAGAUUUCAGCAUUCAUCGGCUUGUCCUGGGAACACACACAUCUGAUGAACAGAACCACCUGGUGAUUGCCAGUGUCCAGCUCCCUAAUGAUGAUGCUCAGUUUGAUGCAUCCCAUUAUGACAGUGAAAAAGGAGAAUUUGGAGGUUUUGGUUCUGUCAGUGGGAAAAUUGAAAUAGAAAUCAAGAUCAACCAUGAAGGAGAAGUGAACAGGGCCCGGUACAUGCCUCAGAACCCCUGCAUCAUUGCAACAAAGACUCCAUCCAGUGAUGUUCUUGUUUUUGACUACACAAAGCACCCUUCUAAACCAGACCCUUCUGGAGAAUGCAACCCCGAUUUGCGUCUCCGUGGACAUCAGAAGGAAGGUUAUGGGCUUUCUUGGAAUCCAAAUCUCAGUGGGCACUUACUUAGUGCUUCAGAUGACCAUACCAUCUGCCUGUGGGACAUCAGUGCAGUUCCAAAAGAAGGAAAGGUGGUGGAUGCAAAGACCAUCUUCACGGGGCAUACAGCAGUAGUGGAGGACGUGUCCUGGCAUCUGCUCCACGAGUCUCUAUUUGGCUCAGUUGCUGAUGACCAGAAGCUUAUGAUUUGGGACACUCGUUCAAACAAUACUUCCAAGCCAAGCCACUCGGUUGAUGCUCACACAGCUGAAGUGAAUUGCUUAUCUUUCAAUCCUUAUAGUGAGUUCAUUCUUGCCACAGGAUCGGCUGACAAGACUGUUGCCUUGUGGGAUCUGAGGAAUCUGAAACUCAAGUUGCACUCCUUUGAAUCCCAUAAGGAUGAAAUAUUCCAAGUUCAGUGGUCACCUCACAAUGAGACUAUCUUAGCUUCCAGUGGUACCGAUCGUAGGCUGAAUGUCUGGGAUCUAAGUAAAAUUGGAGAAGAGCAGUCCCCAGAAGAUGCAGAGGAUGGCCCACCAGAAUUGUUGUUUAUUCAUGGUGGUCACACUGCCAAGAUAUCUGACUUCUCCUGGAAUCCCAAUGAGCCUUGGGUGAUUUGUUCUGUAUCAGAAGACAAUAUCAUGCAAGUGUGGCAGAUGGCGGAGAACAUUUACAAUGAUGAAGAUCCUGAAGGAAGUGUGGAUCCAGAGGGACAAGGGUCCUAGACGUGUCUGCACCUGUGAUCCUAGACUCUCCUUGUUUUCCUCUGAACCCCGAGAUGGAUUUAACAUUGGUUUGAGGCACAGACUUUGUUCAGCUACCCAGCUACAAUAGGUGCCACCAACAAUGCUACAAGCCCAAACCACCGGUGUUUUCUAAAUCUUAACUGGGGGUUUAAGUCAGCAAAGCCUCGUUGGUGGCUCCAAUUGUGGCUGGGUAGCUGAACAAAGUCUGGUUUUUGUUGUGUGUGGUUUUUCCUUCCUUCCUUUCUUUUUCUUUCUUUCCUUUUUUCUUUCUUUCUUUUUUUAAACUUGGGACCACCAAGUUGUAAAGAUGUAUGUUUUUACCUGGCAGUUGUUCCACUGGUGAACUGUCAAGUUGAGAAAGAGUGGAUUGCUAGUUUGUGUUUGUUUUUAAGAUUAAAUUAAUCCUUGAUAAAAGUUGCUUUUUUAGGGGUUAGUCUUUGACCACUAUAGUUUGAUGCCAUCUCCAUUUUGGUUGACCUGUCUCACCAUCAGGCCUGUUACUCUCCAUGACUAACUGUGUAAGUGCUUAUAAUGGAAUAAAUUGCUUUUCUAUAUAGCCCCAUGCUGGUGGGUUUUAUUUAGUAUCCAUCAGACAACAGUCUAUGGCUUCUGGAAGAGUUUGUUCGAUGACAGUUGUUUUCUGUAGUUUUGACUAUCAAGAUUGUAAUAAACAUAAUAGACCAAUAACCAUAGAUAAAAGAGAGCUUUACUCCAGUCAGGGAAAUUGAAGACAUUACUGAAUAGAGUACACAAACUAGCCUUGGUAAAAUUACAUAUUCUUGAAGUCUUCUCCCGAGAGCUACAUAGGUUUCCAAGAAUCUCAAAGGCAGUGUGAUAGACAGCUUAAGGCAGAGUUUAAAUUUAAAACACACUUGAACUGUUUACAGAGAGCUUGUAUCUGAUGAGUGUUUUUCAUUGGAACCCCUACUUUUAAAGUAUAGACUUAAGAGUCAGUGCCUUUAUUACCACUUGGUGAUAACUGGCGAAAGGGGAAAAAAAAAAAAAAAAAACAAGCAAACCUGCUUUUGCUUGGACUGACUAGAUGACUCUCACCUCAGAACCAUUUAUGGCUUUGGGAAAGUUUGGGUAAUGAAGUGUCUGGUCCAGAUCUGAAGUGAUGCCUAGAACUUGUGAUUACGCUGGCAUGUAGUACAAAUUAUCAAGCUGGAUAUGGGAUGUGCACUUUUAAUCCUAGAGCUUGUAGGUUUCCGUGAGUUAGGUCCAGGACAGGAGGGGUGGGGUGUGUCUUGGGUCAUGGCUGACAGUGCACACACACCUGGAGUCUCAGCAGUUGGGAGGUAGAGGCAAGACCAGAAGUUCAAGGUCAUCCUGACCCACAGAAGUUAGAGACCAGCCUAGACGACUUGAGACCUGGUCUCAAAAAAAAGCAUGCCAUUCCUUUAAUCCCAGCAGAGUUCAGGGCCAACGUUGUCUAAAGAGUGAGUUCUAGGCCACUUGGGGCUAUAUAUAAGUGGGGUCUGGUGGUGGUGGUGGUAGUGGUUUGUUUUUUUGGUGUUUUUUAAUUUGACACUAUUUUAAGAGUAAAAUACGAGUGUAGACUUGAAGGGGAAGAUGGCUUUGUGAGCAGAGUCUUAAAAUCUAAUACCUGUAGCACAAAGUUGUGGAUCCAUAUAGCAGAAAUUGGCUGCCCUUUGACCCCAACAUUUUCCCUCAGACGUUCUUGGUUUGGGUCAGCACAAAGCACUCCAUAACAUUCUUCACGAUAGUUCAGGGUAUGGUGAUGCAUCCAUCACUCAGGGUUCUGCUGGAAGAUAAAAGGCUCUUUUUCCCUUCCAUAGUACACUGAAAUCAGUACCAGCAGCCUACAAAAAAAGUUGACUGGGAUUCUGCUUCCAGCCAACCUAAAAUAUUUUUAGGCAAAACAGCCAGUGUUUGUACUUUUACAGGGUGAAUUGCUUGCCAGUGCUGGUACUCUUAUCUGUUGGGGGAAAGUCCAUCCUAGUGAUCCUUUAAUAAAUGUUUUCUUGUUUCUGGGCUACAGGUCCGACCAUAUAUUUCUAAACAGUCCCUGUAAGAUUGAAAGAAAUAACAGUUAAGUUUGUACUUUCUACAAUCUGAAAUACAGCUUUUAUAACAGUGAACUUCAAAGGUUUUUUUAGAACAAUGUGGUUUUGGUUGAUUACAUAGCUUUGACUGGACUGAAGUUGACUGUGUAAAACUUGGGCCUUUAACUCCCAGAGAUCCACUUGCCUCCUGAGUGUUGAUUAAGUCAUGUGUCACCACACCUGCCUGUUUUCAGGCAGCAUGUUUUCAUGGGACCAGAAAUGACAUUCCAGUAGCAGAUACUUAAGUGGAAAGUGGAUCUUGUUUGCAAAACUGAAUAAUGACAGUGAGGCGAAAGAGUCGAGCAGACAGAUAUGGUGGCAUACAUACAGUUAGAGUUAAAGCUUUUGAGUUUAUGAUGCUCCUGCCUCAGCUUCCUAAGUGGAUUUGUGUGAUUUGGUUGAAAGGUACUAGGCUCUAUAUCCUCCCAACUACUGAAACCACAGCCUUUGUGUUUAUUACCCAAGAAAAUGGGGACAGGAGAGAUGGCUUAGCAGCUAAGGGGAUGUCAUCUCCAGAGGACUUCAGUUUAGUUCCCUGUACUCACAGACCCACCCUGACACAGGAAUGGACAAGCUUGUUCAUUGUUUUAUACAUUGACUAAGCAGUACAUUUGGGCUCUAUUCUCUUUUUUUCUUUUUCUAAUGAGUAAUUUAGCCCUCUUUUAUCAUUCUGAAGUUGGUGAUAGGGUUGCCUUUUGAUCUUUACCAAGGGAACUUGAGUGCCUGAGAAGUGUGUAUGUAGAACCUGGAUUUAGGGUGUUUAAAAUAUUUUAUGGGGCUGGUGAGAUGGCUCAGUGGUUAAGAGCACUGACUGCUCUCCAGAAGUUCUGAAUUCAAUUCCCAGCAACCACAUGGUGGUUCACAACCAUCUGUAAUGGGGAUCCAUAUACAUAAAUAAACCUUUU